AUGAUGUUUUAUGCAGAAGAUGAAGAAAUUCGAUGCUACUCUUGCACAUCAAUUGAUGCUUCGGAAAUUGUUGGUGGUGCCGGAGUACAUCCUGGUGUCUAUCUGACAUCAAUACUUUUGGCAUCGAUACCAGUAACUAAUCAAUGCUUCAAUCCAAUCCAUCUAAGAUCAGCACCAAUUUGUGAUGAUGGGCUAUGUGUUAAGAUCAACUACACGGCAAAAGCUACUGGAAGAAUGGAUGUACUGCGAGCUUGUUUACCACGGUCAAAAGGUGUUUUUAAACAAGUCUGUACUGAGUUUGUAUCUCGUCAGGCUGAAGGAACCUGGUGUGUUUGUAGUGGCAACAAAUGCAACAGUUCGCCAGCUGCGGCACCAUUUUCUAUCCUGCUUUUGCUUGUCGCAGUUGUAGCUGCAGGUUCACUGGUAUAA